AUGUUCUCACUCUCAAUCGAAGCACUCGCGCAAGCUUUGAGUACUGAUAUCCUCAGUCUCGGGUUAUCAACUGCGACCUUUGGAAUUCUAUCUCAUGUCGUUGUCUUCCGCACUUUACCCGUCGAGGAAUACUUGGAUAACCUCCUCGCCUUGUACGUUGCGGCCACUGUCGCGAUCGGGUCUGCGUACCUUUCUAUCACGGAUGUAUCAUUCCUACAAGCACUUUUCCGUGUGGGUGUGAUUACAUCGGCCUUUAAUAUAGGUCUGGCAUCAAGCAUUGGAAUCUAUCGUUUGUUUUUCCACCGUCUGCAUCGCUUCCCUGGCCCUACGCUAUCCAAGGUCUCCCGUUUCUAUGAUGCCUACCUCGCUGGGAAGAGUCUCCAGUACAAUGUGGAAAUUGAGAAAAUGCACGAGACAUAUGAGAAGUACUUUGAACUAAUGGGAGAUCCUUCAGGACCACGUGAAAUUUGCAUCGUUCGCAAAUCAGCACUACCACUGCUCCAUUCUCCACAGUCGCAAUGUAGCAAAUCUACCUUCUACGCACAAUCACAAACCAAGUCCAAAUACUGCAAUGUUAACCAUACACGCGACCAUGAUGACCACCGCAGACGCCGAAAGGCCUGGGAUCGUGGGUUCAGCCCUAAAGCUCUUGCAACAUACGAGCCCAGCGUCGGAGCCAAGGUAGACCAGUUAAUCUCACAUUUGGAGAAGAAUCUAGGUCAAGCAAUCGAUAUCAGUACCUGGGCAAUGUUCCUCAGUUUCGAUAUCAUGGGGAACGUAGGAUUCGGAAAAGAAUUCAACAACCUCGCAACUGGAGUCGAGCACCCACGUAUCAAAGCCAUCCACGACCACAUGGCUAUUUUGGGAAUCUUGAUCCAUGUCCCAUGGUUGAUGAAUUUUGCCGGUAGGAUUCCAGGCGCAGCAAAUGAGUUUGCCGGGUUCUUUAAAUGGUGCGAAGAUGAAGUCGUGCUGAAGCAGAAGACCUGGGACGUCAACGAGUACCCGCAAGACGUGGUCUCAUGGCUACUCAAAGCAUAUGUCGAGAAAGAUGUCUCGGCAGCACCUACUCCGACCGCGCUGCAUGAGGACUCGCGCGUGGUUCUUGUUGCCGGUAGUGACACUACGGCUACAACACUAGCGUCGAUAAUAUACUACCUCGCAAAAAACCCUGCUGUUCUCUCUAAGCUGCAGCGCCUAUUGGACGAGGCUAUGCCUGGUGGAUCUGGCGAGUGGUCUUACGAGAAGGCUAAGAGCGUGACUUAUCUUGAGGAUGUGAUUAACGAGACGCUCCGACUUCGGCCUGCGGUAAUGGAGGGCGGAUAUCGUGUUACGCCGCCUGAAGGUCUCCAGGUGGAUGAGGCUUAUAUCCCUGGGGAUGUGAAUGUUUUCGUCCCUACUCAGUUGAUUCAGACUGAUGAGCGGUAUUACGAAGAUGCCAAAGCGUUUGUUCCAGAGCGAUGGCAUGAGAAAAAGGAGAUGGUGCAUGAGGGAGCUCCUUUCCUUCCAUUCUUGAUCGGCCCGUAUAUCUGUCCCGGGAAGAAUCUAGCCCUGAUGAGCCUUCGUAUCUCGGUUUCGAGGUUGGUACAGCUCUAUGAUGUCAAGUUUGCACCAGGUGAGACCGGUCAUGCUUUUGAGACUAAGACGCUGGAUACAUUUACGACUACGCUGCCACCGUUGCAGAUACAAUUUCAGCGGCGCUGA